AUGACGACGCGGGCGUCGGCAGCGCGCAGGCGCGCAUCCUCGUGCCCGCCGACCCCGCCGAUUUUAGAUAAACGACGGAGCGCCCCGAGGACAUCGCCGUCUACAUCGACGACAACGACGACGACGACGGCGACCUCGCGGCCGGCUGCUGCACUGCGCAACGGGCGCGCAACAACGCCGACUGCUGCCCGGGGGUCAACAAGGGACACCCGGAAGCGCACCAGCCCUAGAUGUACAGUGAGGAUCGACCGGUGCGUCCGGGAUGCCCCCGAAGACCUUGCGGCUUUGCGUCCCGACAUUGUCGUGACGCACGAGCCCUCGAGGACCGUCGUCGUCGUGGACGUGACCGUUCCUUUCGAUAACACCUUUUCGGCACUCGAGCGAGCUAGACUCGCCAGAAUUGAAAAAUACGCGCCUCUCGCAGCCGCGUUAAACAGGAACGGUUGCGCCGUGUACGUCAACGGCUUCGUUGUGGGUGCCCUGGGCGCCUGGCAUCCUCACAACGAGGGUCAUUUCCCUUUUGCGCGUCUCGCGGCAUUAAUGAGGCGACUCAUGGUAUCGGAGACGAUCGCGUGGUUCCGGGACAUAUAUAUUGAACAUGUCACGGGUAUUCGGCAAUACAGCUCGCCGGAAUCGGCCGCUCCGGGUGCGGCCGCUCUCGCGACCGUUUUCUCAACCAGUACCGCGUCGGUUAACAUCGCGACGUCGGGCGCGACAGUCGCGCUCGAAUCGAUUUCGGAAUCCGGAACGAUACGCCGCCCGCUACCGGGAACUCCCCCGCCCAGCGGGACAUCGACGGGUGAUUAGCGCGCGUGCACCUGCGCGCUGGCGGGAACACGAGCGACUCCCGUGCUGACCGAGUGCCGCCCCAACGCCUGUAAACUGCGAUAGGGAUGUCGGCACCUUAUCUUGUGUCAGUUUGUUUCUGUCUGGGUACUUCAUUCAUUGCGCUUCGUUUAUUUAUUUGUUUUGUUUGUCCAGUUCUAUUUUAUUUCUAUUUUCUUUCUAUUGUAUUCUAUGUUUUGUACCAUUACUACUAUCACUAUUAUUAUUGUCAUUAUUAUUAUUAUCAUUAUUGUAUGCUUUACUUUAUUAUUUAUAUAUUCUAGAAUUUAGUGUCCAAUGUUAG